UAUAACAAACUAAUCAUUAGACGUCAAUUUGUGGAAAUAAAUUAUUUUUCAUUUUAAUAAUAAAAUUUGAUUUGAAAUUCGAUUUUUGAUAAAUACAAACCAUAAUUAACUAUGGGCUUAUCACCGGAUGCAAAGGAAAGACUAGGAGUGGUAUUUGGAGUGACGAAAACCAUUUUUCACUGGGGAUUUAUUCCGGCAGUCAUCUAUCUAGGAUUCAAGAAAGGACCCGACCCCGGAAACCCUGAGAUGACAUUGUUAAGUUUGCUCUGGGCAUAAAAUCUCUACAACAAUUCCAAUAGAAACCUGCAUAAAUUAGAACGUUACAAUGUCAAGAGAACGGUUGCUGUCAAUAAAUCAAUUGUUCCAUUAACAAAA